GCGAGAAAAGGCACAGUAACUUGUUGUCAACAUGUUAAAAUAGUUAGAUUUCCGUUAAUUUCCACUUGAUCUCGACGUUACGAAGGCAAGAUGUCCAGUGGAUCCGUUAGUCUUCUUGAGCUGGUGGACUUGUCACUUGGAACACCGGAAAUCGUAAAUUACAAGGGUUUACGAACGGUCCUGAUUGCGAUUGUCGAGAACUUGAAACUCAGCGAUGUGCGCGCCGACAUCAAGGAGGCCGACCGGGCGGAGCUGCUUGCGGCCGCUGCUGCUGCUUCCCCGUCCGGGUCGGACAGGGGGAGUGUGGAAAGCAAAAGUAAUUUAAUUCGGCUUCACAGUGCGGACUCUUCCAAGGAGGUACACGAUUUGGAGAAGAAAGUGUCUCGGUUAGAAUCACAAAUUGAGGCCCUGAAUUCGCUGCCGUCAAAUGAGAAUUUGAGGGCCCGUUCUACGGAAGGAAUUAAACCGAUGUCGGAGAUGUGGCAACUGAUGCAACUGCAGAAGAAGGCACUGGCAAACGAGGAAGGUGUAUCAAAGUUAAUGAGUAUGGUUGAAGAUCUUCUCGGAGAUUUGUCAGCCCUAAAAGAAAAAGUCAAUGGCUUCGGAGGAGAAGUUUCAAACUUAAACGACAGGCUAAGCAAGGUGAUUUCUAAUGAAGACAGAAUCAAUGAGAGGUUACAGAAGCUAGAGAACUCAACGGCGAACAAAGAUAAAAUGGAUGAACUCCAGAAAUUAAUGAAUGAUUUGAACAACAGGAUCAACAAUCUACCACCCCUUGAUCUCCUGGUGACGUGGCCGGCCAUGGAAGAUGCCCUGAAGGGGGUAUACAGGGAGCCCAUAGCGGUGUAUGACCACGCUAUGCAGACUCUCACAAUGACUGAGACAUCUAAUGUACAGACAAUGCCAACAAAAAGCUCAUACUCCCAAACAAGGACACCAAGUCCAGGUCCUCCAUCCAACCCUCCGUCUCGACCAGGCUCUGCCGCCCAUCCUUCCAUGGAGAUCCAACGAAUCUUAAAGGACAUCGGCGAGCUCAGAGGAAAACAUGCUGGCUUGGAUAACAGAGUCACUACUUUAGAGGAUCUGAUGAAGACCAAGGCAGACUUGGAUGAUGUUAAGAAGUUACUUGGAGAGAAGAAAGACGUUCCGGACGAUCUUACAAGAAUGUUGGAGGAACUCAAGGAGGGGUUAGACUCAUUGCGAGAGGGCAAAGACAAGAUGAAUGAACUAGACAGGUGGAUCAGCGAGCAAUCUAAGAUGGUGCCCGCCUCGACAGAAGAUAUACAACAACUCAAGGAAGACAUGGCGGCGAUGGAGGCCGGUCUGGCGGCAGAUAUAGUCGCCAUGGCUAAAAACCUCCCAGUAGGGAGUGCCGUGUCUGUUGCCAGGCUUGACAGCAUCCAUACACAACUUCAGGACCAACUGGAGGGUCACACUCACGGCUUGACCCAAGAGCUGGGCAAGCAACUGACCAGCGUCGCCUCCAGACUUAACCACUUAGAGUGGAAGCUGGACUCACAGGGCAAACAGAUGGAGUCGCGGGCCUCCAUGGGGAUGCUGGUGGCUAGGGAGACGCUGGACCAAACAGCAGGGUCGGGAGGGGGUCUUGACUUGGAUAGUGAAAUUGUGACGAAUAUGCAGAAAUUAAUACUCCAACUACAAGCAGAAGUGGACAAACUGAACCACACCUGUGUACAACUUGUGGACGAACACAACAGCAAACAAAAACACAUUGAUGCAUUGUAUACAUUCGUAGAUAGACUUCAAGAGAAUAAGGCUGACAAGGAACAUGUCAUCAUGGAGAUAGAUGUGAAAGCCGACAAGCGUGCCUUGGAGAACAAAGUCAGCACGACACAAUUCCAGGGAACGGUGGAAGAGCUGUCCAGGAACCUCAAUGACGUCGCUGACAAAUUGUCUGGCCACCGCUCAGCAUGGCAGGAAGCAGUAAGUGAGAUGAAACUAGACAUUGAUAACAAGCUGGACCGGAUGGAACUGGACCCGCUUAAGUCGUAUCUCGAUAACCGCAUUAAGUCGGUCGGAGCUAAGAUGGUACGGAAGGUGGAGGUGGACACAUCACACGAAGAUGCAGCUGGCUUUAGAAAGCCUCUUAUUCAAAGAUACAACUGCAUAUCCUGUGACAGGCCGCUUGAUAUGACACCACAACCGCCGUUAGCAUCUCUUCCUGAGUCUAAGGGUCUUCCUGGAAUGAGAUCUGGACGACCGUACACAACGUUCGAACUAGAACAGAUCCGUGCAGCUCAGAAAAAUGGGAACAAUGUGGAUGUUCCAGAUUACUUUGCAACGAGCAGAAGUUGUGGAGGAAGUCACACCAUGACAUAUCCACACAGGCGGAAUACUCGUAUGGCUAAUUUAACUGGGAUUGCACGAGAAGAAGAUGUUCCAGUUACUUUUGUAAAUGGAAAGAUGGAGGCUGACAUUCAAGGACAAGAUGGUCACAUCUACAAAGGACGAAUUGGAGCUGACGAUAUCGAAAGAUUACCAACUAUAACACCACAAAAGCUCUCAUCUGCAAGGUCCCCUCGUCCAACCAGCUCCAGGAACCAUCUCUCCAAAUCAACCCCCGAGCGGUCAUUGUCCCGUCCAACAUCAGGCCGUCCGCAAUCUCGCCUCCAAUCCCGUCCAACGAGUGGACGCCCACAAAGUGGACGCUCAUUAAGAUCACCUACGAAUCAGGCUGAGGCUGGCCCUCGACCUAUGACCCCGUCCAAUACUAUAGAGGUCACAGCUGAGGUCCCUGUAGAGGAGGAUUCUAAUAGAAACACUAUCAAUGAGCCGGCGGAACGACCCCUGGAAGUCCAAUAGAUUCAGUAGUUCAUACUUGAGGUCUUUGUUUGUUUGUGGAGUGCUUCGUCUUUCAAGUACAGAACUAUAUGGUGGACGCAUAGAAAUAGAACCCGGAGAAUGUGUGUGUCACUUGAUGAUGACGUAAUGAUCAUUUGCCAUACACGCGUUUCACGUGGUGCGAUAAGCGGCGUCAACAGACGACACACAGGGCGGUCAAGCUCAGCGUUCUCCGGGUUCUUUUUCUAUGGGUGGACCUUUGGGUGGCCUUUUUGUUUUCUUUCAUUAUAGCAUAUCACUGUGACCAAACGGAGGCUGGAAGAAUCAAUAGUCUGGCCCCUUUGCCGUGUGCACCUGCACAUUCAUGAGAUGCAAGUAAAGGGUACCAGACAACAAAAAUUGCCACCAUGGUAUGAGAAAGGUCUAUAAAUACACCACUAUCCAAAUUUUAAAAAAUUCAAGAAAAAAUAAACCUGCAUUGCAAACUACUCUUAUCUAGAUGACUUUUUUCCUGAUAUAUUCGAUCAUGUGUAAAUGAUUUCCAUGCAGUGAAUUAUUCUUACUAUUUAUUUAUUUUUAAAAGCACCACUAUCAUUCACAACAUUUCAUUUAGUGCAGAUCUUAUUCACAAGUUUAAAGGUUGGUUUAGAUUAUGAAGUCAGUGACAAGUGUUUUCGGCACCCGGAACAAAGAUACUGAUCUAGGGAGACAGCCAAGAUUAGGGUAAAUAUUGGUAGAGUUCCAGAACGUUUGUUCAGUCGUUGGUUCAAAUCCUGCUCUCCCCAUAUAGCCGGUAGUAUUUUCUAACAGACUUGUUUGAAGGAACAUGUGAUUUGUAAAACCAGUGAUAUCCGUACAAAACACAGUGCCCAAUUUCAUGGAGCUGUUUGGAGAGUAAAAAAAAGCUACGCAUAAAGCUACCAGCCAAAAUACCGCAUCACACAUACUACAUGUGACUGAUAGUAACCUGCUUUCGGUGUUUGGUAUCGGAUGUGCAGUGUGGGCACCAGCUAAAGCUUAGGUGCCUCCCGUCUGCUUUACACUUUUGUUAAUGGACACCGACAUGUAAUGGCUACCGGCAUAGGCAACUUGCAGGUACCAGCUGCACUACAUGGAUAGUUGUGAGAAUUACUGAUGGUCGUUAGCUGUGAGAGUUAUCGUUUGUUAUGCAUGUUUCAUUAAUGUUGAAAUCAGUGAAGUGUUACUUAAUGGUGAAAUCAGCCAUCGUGACAAACAAAUGAGAUCUGAGCUAAAAACUGACGUUCAGUAUUGUGUAAUGUUAAACAGGGUUAGCAGAGCGUAGCAAUAUUAACUUCGCGAAAGUUCAUUUUGUAAAGUGCCAAUGUUUUCUGAUUUUUACAAAUGACUAAACUAUCGAUACAAAAUCUCACACUGACAUAGAUUGUACACAAGAACAAAUUCCAGAACGUAGGUGGAGUGAGUUAAUUUUUAAACCAGUAAUGAAUGCUUAAAUAAAUAAAAAUUCUUGUUAUUUACAAAACCAAACUUGGUCAACGAAAUAACAAAGCUUUUGAGGUUUGUUUAGUUUUUUAACUUUCUGAAUGUGUUGAAAUGAAACAGGUAGGCCUAUUAUUGUAGUCAUUUGACUAAAAUUGUUGCUUAUAAAUACUUCCUAAUUUAUUUGAUGGAAACAAAGAGAGGGUCUAUAAGUCUUCAAUUGCCAUCCUGCAAGUUGAACUAAAGAGGAAAACGUUUAAAAACAAUUCCAUCUAUGAAAUAAAUUGAGAUUUUAUCAAUAAAAAAAAUAUCAUAAUAACAAUGGGAUUUUAAUUGAAAAUUUCAACUAAUCAAUGCAUGUAAGUUCUGCUAAUUGAAAAAGGUGCUUUUUUAAAUAAUAAAAAAACAAAAUCAUGUUGCACCUUUGAAAGAUAAAAUUGACAAAAAAAAAACCCACAAAAUUUGGGCUGUUUUUUGUUGUUUCACCCGUAACUGCACAAACUAUAGCAUACAUGACCAGCACAAAGAGUCCUAAGUAUAAAACAGUGAAUUGUAAAUAUUUAUUUUCUAAUUUAAACACUGUACGAUAAAGAGAGAUUUAUUGUUUCUUUUGUGUACAUUUCUGAAUCUUAAUCAUGUAUUUUAAAAGCGCAUGCAAUAUUUGUACAGAUAGUCAACAACUUUGCAUGUGUUUUAAUGCAGUCCGUUUAUGCACCUUGCAAUAAAAUUUUAAAAAGA